AUGUCGAGCAUUCAGGACUCCGGGAUUAGUUCCAUUCAAGAAGAUCAAACUGAUGUUUCGAACUAUUUAGAUAUAGAAAACAUGUUUAUGAUGUUGACCCAAUUACAGGAACAGUUUUGCAAAAGUAUACCUGAAGAAAGUGUAGAUGAUAGUCGUUAUAAGUUAAUUGAAAACCAAUACGGAUGGUGCAAAGAAAGCAGUGUCUUGAUAUCUGCAGUCUUUGUUAUGAUAUUGGAUUCUAUACAUGAGUUCCUAGAAAACCAAGGGAAGGUUCCAAUCGGCUCAGCUAAGGGAGAAGAAUUCAAUCACCAAGACACGCUUAAAGUUUUUAAAGAAGUAUCUAUGGAUGAAGAGAAAGUAAAGUUUCAUCACUUCUAUACAGUGUUAUCGUGUGCAGUUGAUGGACUAAGAAUUGUGAAUUAUCAAGUUCGUGAAGCACUAGAAAAGAAAGACUCGGAGAAUCACGGAGACUUGGACGACUAUGAGGGUGAAGUUAGCUCCUUUGUGGAACGAUUCCAAAUUUCCUUGAAAGAGCUCAUUGAAGUUGGAAUUUAUGUACAAGCGUUAGGGAAAGGCAAAAACAAGCGGCCAUACUUGGGAGUUUAUCAAACAUUUGGAAAAUCUAGUGUAGUGCAAUUACAAAGACAACUAAACGGUUACACUAGUCGAGUUAUAGAACCGCUAAUUCCCGAAACCGAGCAAGAUCCAAAUUCAUCGGAAACUCCAUCCUCCUCUUCCGAUGGCAGACUGGGUGCAAGAUUGAAGAUAGGAAAUAAAAAUUCCUUCACAAAUCUCUUCAAGAUGAAACGCUUUCAUAGAUCCCACAAAGAGCUGAAGGAGCAAGAGCCCGUUCACGACUAG